CUUGAUCUCAAGUCGACUCGAGAUGGAACGGAGUUUCUUCACUGGUUGCACCUGGAAACCACUCAGCCCAGGCCCCUGCUGAGACAGGCUCGAACAGUAAUUCGCAGGUGUUUAUCUGGAGACGGAUCUUCGAUUGCAAAAAGAACAAAGCAGCUGCCUUUACCUGACACUCUGAAGCGAUAUUUGCUGCUGAAUGAAAAGUCUGCUUUGGCAGACGCGGAUCUCGGCCACGAAAAGCCGGAAAUCGUCUGCAUCUUGGGACCGGAACCCCGAUCUUUGGACCCUCUGGUGCUUUAAACCCAGCACCGUGGCGUUUCUCUUGAAAAAAACAAAGAGACUUAUUCUCUCCCUUUUUUGCACUCAUGCUUUGAACGAAGAAAAAAAAUGCGUGCUUUUCUGCUUGAAAAAAAAAGAAACAAGCUUCUCUGCAGAGUUCCGUGUCUCUUUUCAGGAACAAGUGGGCACAGUUGAGACGGGGCGUCGGUAAAGUUGUGAUACAUUUCGUGCGGAGGGAGAUAUUUUGUUUUCUCUUCGUUUCGAGUCCUCGAAAUUCGUGGUGCAACUUUUUUGAGGGGAGCAAAUGCAGUUCACGACAGAGUAUGAAAAA